ACCAGACCCAACCCAUCUCCUACAACCAUCUGUCUGUCUCUCGGUGUUCUUUGAUCCCCUCUCUCUCUCUCUCUACAAACCUGAAAUCUCGGGUCUUUUGAUCUCAAGGAGGAUUCGCGAUGACGAUCACAAGAACGCUUUUCGAAUCGAAGACGGACAAAUGCUACGCUCCGAGCUUCGUCGCCGUCAAUCUCUGUCUUGCUUUAAUCGAUGGCGCUCUCGCUCUCAUCGCAUUCCUUCAGAUUUAUCUUGGCUGCCAACUUCUUACACUUUCAGUUAAGUCGGUUUCACAGGCGGGAUAAACGAGUUGGAUGGACACGCCAAAAGGUGCUUCAUCUUAUGAUUGGCUCCUCAAACACUGGUUCUCUUGUUUAUUUUGUGGCUGCGGUUAUAGCAACUUGCACAAGGUGGCAUCAUUGGUCCAACCCAUUCGGUUUUCUGCUUAUGGCGUUUCCCAAGAUUCUGUUUCUUGCAACCUUUCUCCUGCUUCUCUCUUUCUGGGUAGAUGUUUGCCAUCAGGGAAAUGGAGAGGAAGAGGAUGACGAUGAUGAAGAAAGUAGCAUCCAGCAAGUGUUUCUCGAGAAAAGCAAGAGUAAACCAGGUUCUUCCAGUGCAAGUGAUCGCAGAAAGUGUUGCUCUUUCCAUGGGAUUCAUGUUGGCACCCGACAGAAGUUUGUUGUCGCCGCGGUUGUUCUUGUGUUCAUCUUAAUGAUAUCAUUUGCAAUCCUUAUCUGGAUUGCUUCCGGAGAUAAUUCUGCUGAUCCUUCAUUAUUGGCUGAGGUGUAUGUAGAUAUUUUCGCUUCAAUACUCCUAAUCACUGGAGGAGGACUAUGCUUCUAUGGUAUGCGUCUGCUUUUUAACCUAAGGAAGGUCCGGUCUGAACAAGUUUCAUCAGAGAUGCGAAAGGUAUCCGGUUUAGCAGGCGUCUCAGUUGUAUGUUUCUCCGUGAGCUCUUUAAUCGCUCUUCUCACACACAUUCCGCUCUUCUAUCAUUGGAACCCAAACAAGUUACACGGCAUCAAUGCUUUGGUUCUUCUGAUCAUAUACUAUUUCAUAGGUUCGACCUUACCAUUGGCUUUCGUUUUAUGGGUGUUGCGGGAGUUACCCCCUCAAAACAUUGUGAGUAGACAAGAAGAACAAACAAGAAUCACUUAUGUCAACUACGAUACUGUUCCAAGGCAGCCUCCUCAGCAGUGGACCUCCACAACCGUUUCAAAAAAUCAGGUUUCUAAGGCAAGUCCAAUAUGAACCAAAAGAAACAUCAUAGCCAUACCCUGAAGUGAAAAUCAUCUAAUGUUCUUCUCUUGUUACCGAGAAAAAAAACCUCGUGGAGUUGCGUACUGGAUCUAUAGCCUGAAUAUGGUGUUGUGCUGGAGUGAAAUUAAAGUUGAAACAAGCUCAUUUUCUUCUCUCUAUCUGCGUGGCCUUGGAAGACAAGAAUGUGUUUAUAAAAGAUAGAAUGGGAGGAAUCUCUGUAUAUAUGUUUCUUUGAUUUCUUUAUAUUUUAGUUGCAUGAUGUGUGGAGAGGCUUGUGGAUACACAUAUGUUCUUACUUCUUAGUAACUUAUUGGAACAGUCUCAUUGAUCUG